GCUUAUGCCCUCACUGUCUUCCUCCUUUUGCAAGUGCCAUGAAACGAUUAAGGGAUUAACCUGAACAUGUUCCAUAGUAGCAGUAGUAUCUCUACCAAAUCCUUUUUCGUUUUUCUCUUCGUUUUUACAGGAAUCAGAGCUCAUGAUGCACAGACUACUCUGCCAAGAUGGAGUAACAACUUGUCAGUUCAGUUGGUCACUCCCCGCUACGUCUUGUACGGCUACAACAUGCAAACUACUGCACUGAAUACGAGUACAAGGAAUAAUUGAGCAGAGCGAUCCAAGAGACAUCCUUUAUUAGCCAGCGGAUUAGUGAUCGGCGAGCUCGGUCGCGGUAAGUAGUAGCAGCAGCUUGCACCACUUGUCUAGGCGACAGGGGCGGCUCCGUCAUGGGCAUGGCCGACGCCAACAAGCGCAUCGAUCUCGCCGCGCCACUCCCCUCCGUCCGGCGCCACGGCGGCAUGAGGGCUGAGGCCACGGCCACGGCGCUGCCAUCCUACAAGGCGGACGCCACGUCCGGCCCCCCGGGCCACACCGGAGCGGUGCCCUUCGGGUGGGAGCGCCGCCCCGGCCACCCCAAGAGUGUCCGCACCCGCCGGCCGCCACCGCCACCUCCAAAGACUCUCGUCGACGAGGCCUCGGUUGCGACACGGGCACCGACGUUGGUGGUCGUGGCAGCCGCUCGGGGGCACGCGGAUGAGGAGCGGUUCUCGGACGCGCGCGACGCGCUCUCCCGCGACGACAUGAGCUGCCUCACCGUGAACUGCAGCGUGACUGGCCUCAGCGACGCCGCGGAGGCGGCGCCCGGCGUCCGCGGCAGCGUCAUGAUGGACCGCUUCCUGCCGGCCGCGCACGCCGUGGCCGUCGGCUCCCCACAGUGCACCUUCCGGAAGGCCGGGUCCGCCCGGGAGCCCGCGCGGCCGGCUGCGGCCAAAGCGCGCGCGGGCGACGGCGACAAAUUGCCAGUGAGGCGGCUGCCUCUCCAGCGCAUUCUGACGAACCACCUGCCGUCCCUCUCUCCAGACGACAGCAACGACGACGAUGCCGACUCCGAUGCCCACAGCACGCGGGACUUUGUGUCCAAGAGGUGCGGGUUGCUUCCCACUCGUUGCGUGAAGAGCACCUUUCUGCUCCUGAACCCGGCGCCCGCCAUGAGGCGCGGCCGCGGCGCUCGGCGAGGGGCAGGCAGACCGUUCCUGUCCAACGGAGUUAGGAGCCAAAGGGAGAUGGACCCUCUGCUGCGGCGCUCGCCAAACGAGCGAAAGCAAUUGCAACAUUCUGGUGAACACGAUCCCGGCAUGCAAUCCUGGGAGGAAUUGUACGUCAAAUCACUGCUCCAAUCAGGCCGCUUCGAUCCGACGGCAUCUGCAGCCACCGUGGCCUCGGAGCUGGACAGAACAGUGCGCGAACUCUACAGAAACCGAGGAGCAGAAGCCGUCCACCCGAAGGCUAGCCAUCUGGGUUUGCUCCUGGUUCUUGACAGGUCAAGCGAGGAACGCCAUGGCUCGUCGGCGCGGAACCUCUCCGAAGCCGGCGAAACCGCAUUGCUGCUGCCACCUCCCAAAAGCUCGAGGAACGCCGGGAACAAACUCAGGCGUGCCUCCGACAGCACCGGCUAUGGUGUCCCGCUGCUUUUGGAAGACAAGGAGCCUGUUGCCGGACGUGAGAUCAUGCUGUCGUCGCAGCCGCCACUCCCGUUGCCGUUGCCCAUGUCGCCGUCGGAGUCCUGGCUCUCGCGCGCGCUGCCUUCCGUGUCGAAUCGAUCUCCUGCGACGUCUUUCCUGGGGCUUCACGUGCACUCCAAGAAGAAUGCUCCAUUGCCGUGGUGCUCCAUUGAACCGACCAAGGUCAUCGAUCAUGCAAGGCAACGGUAGAUACGAGUACACGAUCUACAGAAGUAAUAUAAUAAAGGUGUUACUGUAUUAAUUAUGUGAAAUUGUUAUGCUAUGACCUACACAGUAUUGCAUGGCCAGUGCAAAUGUUUGCUUUUCUA